AUCCGAUCGCAUUGUUGCGCCCGCCCUCCGCUUCCAAUGAAGUUGAGGUACGUACCACUAAUAUUAGGUGGGGUAUGUCCCAGGAGCGCACCUGGAAUUACGUAGAGAGGAGUCGCAUCAUGCUAGAUAAAUAUUGAGCCCCACGCCACGAUGCUGUACGAUAUUUUGGCAUUUUCCACAAUUGAGAUUCAGCAUGGCUUCGGUUGAUCUAGUAAACCAGGCUCCGGCUGGCACUAAACUAUGGAUAUUGCACGUAGGAAACCUCGAGGCUGAUGAGGGUUGGUUCAAGCGCGCCGGCAACACUUCCACCCUCUCAAGCAAAAACCCAGAGAGCCAGCGCCGGAAGCUGAUCAUGCUGUCAAUCCUCAUAGAGCAUCCUACCGAGGGCCUCAUCCUCUAUGAAACAGGGGCUGGAGAUGACUACCCUGAAGUGGUAGGGUCUCCCAUCAAUGACAUCUUUGCCCGCGUGGACCACGACAAAUCCAUGGAACUCUCUGCGCAAAUCAAAAAGACCGGGCACGAUAUAAAAGACAUCAAAGCUGUAAUCAUCGGCCAUCUCCACCUCGACCACGCAGGCGGUCUUGAGCCCUUCCGCAAUACUGGCAUCCCCAUCUACGCCCACGAACUCGAACUAAAGUACGCCUUUUACGCUGUAGCCACAAAGUCAGACCUGGGCGUCUACCUCCCGCACUACCUCACUUUCGACCUUAAUUGGGUGCCCUUUCACGGCUCCUUCCUCGAAAUCGCACCUGGUAUCAACCUGCACCACUCGCCGGGCCACACGCCAGGAUUGUCCGUCAUGCAGGUCAACCUGAAAGAGAGCGGCACCUGGAUAUUCACCAGCGACCAGUAUCAUGUGAAGGAGAAUUAUCAAGACGACGUGCCGCAGGGCUGGCUGGCCAGGGACCAUGAGAGUUGGUGCAGGAGUCAUCAGAUGAUCAAGGGAUUGGCGAAGAGGACGAAAGGAAAGGUGGUGUUAGGUCAUUGCUGGGAUACGAUUAAGGACCUGGGGUUGGAGUUUGCACCGAAUGCUUACGAGUGAGGACGC